AUGGCGAACAGCAUGCAGGCCGCUGCCUACCACAACGAAUACAAUGUCGACAACGAAAAGGAAAUCGUGAGCCACAAAGAGGACAUCAACAGCUCCACUCAUGACGACUAUGAGUGUGAGUUCACGCCGGCGGAGCAGAGGAAAAUCAUCCAUCGGGUCGAUCGUCGCCUCGUCGUUACGGUGGGAGUGCUGUACUGCGUCUCACUGAUGGAUCGCACAAACCUGUCCGCUGCUAGCAUUGCUGGUAUGAACAAAGAGCUGCAUCUCAACGUCCUAAUGGGCACUGUAUCGCGUUACUCCGUUGUAACCCUGGUCUUCUUCACCACGUACAUCUUCUUCCAGCCACCCUCAACUGUCAUCAUCCGCUACCUUGGACCUCGCAUCCACUUGUCCGUCAUCGUAACUCUAUGGGGAGCGGUCAUGAUUGGGAUGGGUUUCUCGCAAGACUGGCAAUCCCUGGCUGCGCUCAGAGUGGUGCUUGGUAUCCUAGAGGCCGGCUUUUUUCCUUCCUGCGUCUACUUGAUGUCGACCUGGUACACGCGUUACGACAUUGGAAAGCGAUACAGUGUCUUUUACAUCCUUGGGAGUCUGGCUUCGGCUUGUGCUGGCAUUCUUGCGUUUGGCUUGAUGCAGUUGAACGGGAGAGAGGGUCUGACAGGCUGGCGCUGGAUCUUCAUCAUUGAGGGUGCUCUGACUUGCUUCCUCGGUAUCGGAGCAUAUUGGAUGUUGGUUGAUUUUCCCGACAAGGCGCACACCUCCUGGAAGUUCUUGACUGAGCGCGAGGCAAAGUUUAUCAUCAAUCGCGUCGACCGUGAUCGCGGCGAUGCUAAGCCAGAACCUUGGAACAUGGCGAAGUUCUUCAAGGGUGGUCUGGACUUCAAGGUCUGGUGCUACGCUUUGAUAUUCUUCAACACCACGACAGUGUCGUACGCGCUGGCAUACUUCCUCCCCGUCAUUCUGCAAAUCAACAUGGGCUUCACUGUCGGCGCCGCGCAGUGUCUCGUUGCGCCACCCUACGCAUUCGCCGCUAUCAUCAUGUACGGAUGUGGAUGGGCCGGCGACAAGUGGAAGGUCCGCGGCCUGAUCAUCGUGUUCAACAUGAUUCUGUGCCUCAUCGGUCUGCCCAUCAUGGGAUUUGCUAAGAGCCCGGCUGUCCGGUACUUUGGCGUCUUCCUGACGACUGCCGGUGCCAACAGCAACGUCCCGGCAACCAUGUCGUACCAGGCGAACAACAUCCGUGGACAGUGGAAGCGCGCCUUCUGCUCAGCCACACUGGUCGGCAUGGGCGGUGUUGGUGGUAUCGCGGGAGGCUUGGUUUUCAGGACUCAAGAUGCGCCGACCUACCGCCCGGGUAUCUACGCCUGCAUCGCAACCAGCUGUUUCUCUCUGCUGCUUGUUGCUGUAGUCUCCCUCAUUUCGAUCAGGCAAAACAAGCGUGCGGACCGCGGCGAGGUUGAGCUUGAGUGGACCGAGGGUGACCAGAAAGGCUUCAGGUACACCAUCUAG